AUGCCUAAACGAAAAGCCACUGCAAGACUUUCUGGUUUAAUUGAAUCGGACGAUGAAGAUGUGAUGCAGCCCGGUGCCGAUGCCGCUCGGAACCACGAUGAGCGUCCGACGAAGAAGACGAGGGGGAGACCGCGAUCGAAGUCGGCCGAAAUGAAGCCCACUGCUGAAGCGGAGAUUCCAGCGACGCAGGAAACCGAAGCGACGACGACGAGGAGAGGGACCAGGAGGGGGCGUCCUAAAGGAAGCAGAAAUUCUGGACAAACGGCGCUCGAUGCGACGGAGGAUCAGGACGGAUCUGUGCGCGCAGGUCCAAAUGCUGCCGCACAAAAUACAGUUGUUGACAAGACCACUGUGCCUGAUAAAACCGCGCAGACGACCAAACCCACGAGGACGACGAGAGGUGCUGCGCGCGGCAAGAAAAAGACUACCGCGCAGAAGCAAUUAGAAACCGAUGGCGAGUUUCAAUACACUCCUACUGGCGCGCGACAGCAGAAAGUGAUUGAGGGGCCUGAGGAACAAUCCGAACCUACUGACCGAGAACGCCGCAAGUCCGCGACAGCAGCGAGUGAGGAGGAUAUCCCGGACGCUGAGCCUACAGUCAAGGAAGUUGUCGAAGAAACAUUUAUUCAGGAGGAAGCUUCGGAGCCGGUGACUGCGCCGCCGGAGAAACAAAGGCAUUUGUCCUCGUGGGCUUCGCAAAGCUCCCCGACAAAGAGAAAGUCUGGAGGAGAUGAAAGGGGCACCGAACCUGAGCUGAGGCGGAGGCUUGGUGAUCUGACCAAGAAAUAUGAUACUCUAGAGAACCGAUAUCGUAAUUUGAAGGAGAUAGGGAUUGCUGAAGCGAACGCUAAUAUGGAAAAGCUAAAGAAGCAGUGCGAGUCUAUGGCAAACGUGUCCAACAACCUUGUCAACUCCUUGAAAGCCGAGCUAGAGGCACAACGGGCUCUUGGUCAAAAAAGCCGCGCGCUGCAGAAAGAACUCCGUGAGCGAGACGCAGAAGUGGCUAGGCUCACAGCAGAGGCCGAACAGUCGGCCAGUCAACUCGCCGCUGCCCAGUCCGAGGUCAAGGCGCUGCAGACGAAGCUUGCCGCCGCCCGCAACACGGCUGCAACACUCGAACAGGCUGCAGUCAAAGUUCCUGGAAGCGCUGUCAAGGGCGGCGGCUUAAACCGGGCGGCUGCUGCCGCCAAUGCUGAAGCUGCGCAAGCUGCACAGUACGCGCAGCUAAAGGAGGACCUAUACAGCGACCUGACUGGUCUCAUUAUUCGUGAUGUAAAGAAAAGGGACGAAGACAAUCUCUAUGACUGUAUUCAAACAGGCGUUAAUGGGAAAGCUAAUCUCGGGAUAGCCCUUCACUUCAAGCUCGUCGUUCCUCAUUCUUCGACAGCGGACUUUGAGACGGCAGAAUUCCAGUACAUUCCUUUACUGGAUGCGAAUCGAGAUCGAGGACUGGUUGAUAUUCUCCCAGAAUAUCUCACCGUGGAUAUUACCUUUGUCCGCCAGCAGGCUUCGAAGUUCUACACGCGGGUCAUGGAUGCGCUUACAAAACGACGGCAAAGUCAGGGCUAG